UAUUCGUAUACUGACUAUUAUCCGCGAAUCCACGCCCGGGGACAUGUUGGCCGAUUGACGCUUCCGCAUUUCCAUUGCCUGCUCGGAGAGGAUAGCAGUUGCCUUCCUGGCGGAGCACGAUGAGCGGGACGGUUGAUUUCGAUCUUGGCUCGCUUUCUGCAAACCAGCAGGAGGCUCUGCAGCAAUAUACCGAUGUGACCAGCCAGGAGGUUAAGGACGCAAUACCGUUACUGGAAAGGUCCCAAUGGAACAUUGCGAUUGCCAAAUUCUUUGAUGGGGAAGCCCCUGACCCGCUUGCCGAAGCUCAGGCUGCGCACGAUAGUAUCCCUCGCACGGCUGCCAGGCAUGAGACCCUUCACGAGAGCUUCCUAGAGGCUGACAGCCGGCCGUAUCGCCCGCAAAGGCGGCCCCAGACGGAGCCUGCGCCGCGGGUAGUGCCUCAACCUUCUGUGCUAUAUCGGACACCAUUCCUGGUGGCGAUUCUCUUCGCCCCGUUUCAAAUGGGGUACAAGAUUCUUGGCGGCAUCUUCAGGUCGCUCCUUUACUUCUUUUCCUUUCUGCCCAGGUCGAUCUGGCCACGGGUAGUGCCCUCAUCCAUUCGCAAAGGCUUGAGGCAGACGAGCGGCCGGAGGGUGACGCUACCGAAGGAGACAGUACGAAGGUUCAAACGCGACUUUGAGGAGGAGUACGGUGCGCAUGGGCUUCCCUUCUAUGAAGGGGGGCAUGCUCAGGCAUUGGAUGCGGCGAAGAAGGACCUCAAAUUCCUGCUGAUGGUGCUAAUAUCACCUGAGCACGACGACACUGACUCCUUCGUCCGGAACACCCUCCUGUCGCCCCAAGUUGUGAACUUCGUGAACGAUCCCGCCAACAACAUCAUCUUGUGGGGAGGCAAUGUGCUAGACUCGGAGGCAUAUCAGGUAGCCAGAGAGUAUGGUUGCCUAAAGUACCCUUUUUCAUGUUUGGUCUGCCUCACUCCCAAGGAGGGCAGCACUCGGAUGGGGAUUGUCAAGCGGCUUGUGGGGCCCAUGACACCGGAUGCAUAUAUAACGGGCAUCCAGAACGCACUCACCAAACAUGGCCCCGAUUUGAACGCUGUCCGCGCAGAGCGGACUGCUCAAGAAGUCGCGCGUAAUCUGCGAUCUCAGCAGGAUUCAGCGUAUGAGAGAUCCCUCGCCCUCGACCGGGAGAGGGCACGCCAGAAACGGGAGGCCGCAGCGGCAGCAGCGGCAGCAGAGAAGCGUGCACAGGAGGAAGCCGAGGCAGCAGCUCGGCAUCAGAAGUUGCGGCAACAGUGGAGAAAGUGGCGGGCAACGACGGUAGCUCCAGAGCCCGAUGCAAGCGUCAAGGAUGCGGUUCGUUUGGCCAUCACCAUGCCCGUUUCGUCCGGCGGCGGGAGAGUAAUCCGGAGAUUUAACAGCCAGACGACCCUGGAGGAACUCUAUGCCUUUGUGGAAUGCUACGAUCUAUUACAGGAAGGACUCAGCGACGAAAAGGUGGGAAAGCCAGCGGACUACGAGCACAAGUACGCAUUCCACAUCGCAUCGGUUAUGCCACGUGAGACGUUCGAGCCCAGCGAGACCACAACGAUUGCAGAGAAGAUGGGGAGGGGCGGCAGUCUCGUGGUUGAGGACAUAAGCCUUGACGAUCAAGCGCAGGAUGAAUAGAGCGUGUUGCUGGGUGCUGAUGUCUUGGAUCAUGUCAAGAACUGCUUAGCACAGUCUGGAAUUGUACCUGCAGGGCCCCAG